CUGAAAUUUGAGAUUCCGGCCUUCGUGGGAGGAGGCUGGAAAGAGAGACAGAGACAGAGACAGGAAGAGACAGUUGGGUUCGGUUGGUUUUCUGCAGCAGGCGGCCUGGGGGUGCGUGUGUGAGUGUGUGUGCACACGUCUGUGGGUUGUUUUCUUUCCUGCGCCCUCACAGGGAGGCCGGGUCCCCCUGAGUAAUAAGGGCUCUGAGGCCCCUACGCACAGCAAGGCUGGUGCACAGACAGGAUAGCAAGAGGGCCCGAGAGAGGAAGGAAGGGAAAGGGGAAGAAUAGAGGUGAGGGAGAGCGGGAGCGAGCAGGGCGGUGGGCGGAGCUGAGCAGCUGUGGCAUCUGGAACAAGUAUAAAUAGCUGUCUGGGUGGAGCUUGGCCAAACAGGGGUUUGCAGCUGCAGCGGUUCUAGGGUAGACCUGUCCACUGCUGGCCACAGCGGGGACACCCGGGCACGGAGCAGGGCCGGGGGGCUCUGACCAGACACCCCUCACCAUCACCACAUCUCCAGAUGCUCUCCUGGCCGGCCAUGCUGCUGGGGGGCCUCCUCCUCACCGUGGCCACCCUGACCGUGGCCCAGCGGAGGGGGCAGGAGGUGAGAGAGCGCCGCCUGGCGCAUCGCGUCCAGCACGGCCAGUGCAGCUACACCUUCCUGCUGCCAGAGCCGGAGGCCUGCGCUCCAGAGACUGGGGGGACCUUCAGGGGCUCCAACAGCCUCCAGAGGGACUCGCUGAACCUAGUGGCCUGGCCGACCAAGCGGAUGCAACACCUGGAGAAGAUGCUGGAGAACAACACGCAGCGGCUGCAGAAGAACAACCCAGAAGAGAAAAAAGUGAUCUUCAAAAUAGCUUUAUCUAGUGGCAGCAGCAGCAUCAUCACCAGGGCCAUCGGGGUACUGAACCAGACAUCAAGAAUGGAGAUCCAGAUGCAGGAGACCUCACUGUCCACCAACAAGCUGGAGAAGCAGCUGUUUCUGCAGGGCCUUGAGCUCCACCGGCUACAGGACUACAACAGCGCGCUGGAGACCCGGCUGCGAGCCCUGGAGACACAGCAGCAAGCGCAGCUGGCCAGCCUCCGCCAGGAGAAGGAGCGGCUGGGGAGCCUGCUGAGCCGCCAGAACGGCGCCCUCGCCGGCCUCGCGCGCAGCCUGCGCGCAGCCAGAAGCAACUCCAGCCUCCUGCAGAGGCAGCAGGACCGGCUGCUGGAGUCCAUGAAGCGCCUGCUGCGCACCGUGGCCCAGGGCCCGCGUGAGCAGGUUGCAGCUGAGCGGGUGUUCCAGGACUGCGCAGAGAUCCAGAGCUUCGGGGCCAAUACCAGUGGCAUCUACACCAUCCACGUGGCCAAUAUGACAGAGCCCAGAAAGGUUUUCUGUGACAUGGAAGCCAAUGGAGGUGGGUGGACCCUCAUUCAGCGCCGUGCGAAUGGCAGCGUGAAUUUUCAGCGGAACUGGAAAGAUUAUAAGCAGGGCUUCGGUGACCUGGCUGGCGAGCACUGGCUGGGCAACGAGUUGGUGCACCAUCUCACCAGCAGGGCAGCCUACUCUCUGCGUGUGGAGCUGCAAGACUGGGAAGGCAACGAGGCCUAUGCCCAAUAUGAGCGUUUCCAGCUGGGCAGCGAGGGGCAGCUGUACAGGCUUUCUCUGAGUGGGUACAGUGGCUCGGCGGGGCCCCAGAGCAGCCUGGCCCUGGAGGGCACCAACUUCAGCACCCGAGACGCAGACAACGACAACUGCCUGUGCAAGUGCGCCCAGAUGCUGUCCGGAGGGUGGUGGUUUGACGCCUGUGGCCUCUCAAACCUGAACAGCAUCUACUACCCAGCUGGCCGCCACCUGCGCAAGCUCAACGGCAUCCGCUGGCACUACUUCCAGGGCCCCAGCUACUCGCUGCGGGCCACUCGCAUGAUGGUGCGUCCCAUCGGCACCUAACAGCAGCCUCGCACGAAGGCUGGGCCACAGGAGGAGACGGGACUUGCUAUGCCCUGGGCAAGCUGGGCCCAGCACAGGACACGGUGCCAGGGCCUGGACACCUGGAUCCCCCGAGCCAGCCCUCCUCGCCCCACGAGUCCCCAAGAGUCAGCUGCCUUGCUUCCCUGUCGUCCUCAAGUUGUGACAUGGGGGGCGUUUGGGGGUUCCUGUCUCUGCAGGACCCCUCUUUUCUCCAGUCUUCUGCAGGGGCCCCUGCCAACUUGAGGGUCACAAUACCCUGAAUGAGCUGAGAACAGACACCUUGGCUCCUCCCAGGAAUGCCUGGCCAGGGAGGAAAUUUCAGGCAGGUGGGAGGGUAUCUGCAGGCAGGAAAGUGCUCAGAUGGAGCCCCAGAUUCUAGCCCCAGGGUUGGUGGGAAGGCCAGCGCCUGUUCCAAGCCUUCUCAGCCUUGAGCUGUCCUUGAACUGUCCCAGGCUGAAAGGCCUGCAUCUACCCCAUAACAGGAAUCAUUAUUUCCACCCCACACUGUCCAUCACUCCCGGGCCCCAGCAUCUGGAACUCAACCCUGGUCUCUCAAAGGCUCCAGGAGAUCUAACAGAGAUUUCUUUACCCCCAGCAGGUUCCAGAAUAUGUUCCACAGAGAAUAACUCACACUUCCCUCUCAAAGUACCUCUGGUCAAGGGGGAGAGGAGAGCGCCAGGUUAAGUCAAGGUCGACAGGCAUUCUUAGUGCAGGACUUGUCAGAGCCUAUGCUGUGGCCAUGUACUCUGUGACUGCCCGUGAAGGGGCUGGAGUGGGCAGCUUUCUCCAAUUGUGCUUAUUUGAAAAUGGGCUCUGUUCCUCCCAGAGCAUCUCUCGGGGAGGUGGAUGCCUCUGGAAAAGCUGGUCCGCAGUGUCAUGAGGAGGAGCCCCAGGGCGCCAUCUCCCACCCCCAGCGUCUCAUCCUUUCUGGCUGCAAACGCCACAGUGAAGGUCCCACGUAGUCUCUAAAACAACUGGAAAGAAGUGUUGGAUUAAAACAGACACACACCAUCCCUGAGUUUCCUGUCUGCUAUGGGCCAGUGAUCUCCCAGGCUCCUUCUGGCCCCAGGAAGCCAGCUCUCUGCCCAGGGCUGCCCUCAGCACUCCCUGUAAGCCCAGCUCACCCUCGCUCAAGUACAGGCAUUACCAGGGACUGUCCACACUGCCGUGGGCAGGACACCAAUCUGCAGGUCCAGAUCCUCCCAGGUCUAAGCCAGAACCCCUAGCCCUCUCCUCCUGCCCCGUCCAACAUGAUGCUACAGCUGGGGGUCUGGGAGACCAGGGACUCCUCAUGAGCUUCUUUCAGAGGACAAGGUCAGAGAGGAGCCUCUGUCACUCCCUCUUCACUGUGUCACCCUCUUCAGUCCCAAUGAGGCCUACUGUGUGCAGUGUGGUACCGUGGGCAGGGCUUGGAGUUGGACAGACCUGCUCCAGCUCUUUGGACUUGAGGCCUAUGGCUCAGCCUCUCGCGGCCUCAAUGAUCUUGUCUAUGAAAUAGAGGUGAUGGCCCUCACUCCUCUCUGGGCUGGGGCAAGGAGGUGAUGAGACCCUGUAUGUCAACUUCUGACCAGAGCCUGGUAUGAAGCAGGUGCCUAAUAAAUAUUAGUUCCCAAAGAGGUGAAUGGGGUGAGAAAUUGCCUCUAGUGUGUGUCAUCCCUUCUGCUGGACCCAGCAGGGUGAGCCUGUAUUCCUGUAUCCACAGCAUUUAUUUGUAUACUGCUAUGUGCUGGAGAGGAGUGGAGGGGGGAGCUGGGAGCCU